AUGAGCCUGUCAGAUAAGAUAGCUAUUGUGACCGGGGCCUCUCGCGGGAUUGGCGCUGGAAUUGCUUUGGAGCUUGCCAAACAGGGAGCGAAGGUCAUGCUUACCUACGUGUCGGCCAGCAGUGAGGAUGCCGUCGAUGGAGUUAUACAUCGGAUACGUGGUUUAAACAACGGCUCCGAUGCUGCCAAAGUGCGAAUCGACCUUCACCAGGUGGAAGCCCCCGAAACAAUCCUGUCAGCUACCUUCCGCGCGUUCCCCUCAAGCGAUGGCAAGGUGGAUAUUCUUGUCAAUAACGCGGCACAUUCGCACUGCAAGCUUCUUACAGACACCGAAAUCGAGGACUACGCCUCUAUGUUCGAUGUGAACGUCCGCAGCACCAUUUUCAUGACCAAGGCUGUGUUGCCGUAUCUCCGUGCCCCGGGGCGCAUUAUCAACAUAACAUCUAUUGUAGCUCGCCGGGGAUCAGUAGGGUUUUCCAUCUACUCGGCUACGAAAGCAGCUGUGGAAGGGUUCACCAGAGCCCUGGCAUGCGAACUGGGUCCCUAUGGCCACACCGUCAAUGCCGUGGCCCCUGGACCCGUGGAGCCAGGCAUGUUUCGGGGAUCAGUGCCGGAUGAUUUGGUGAAGUAUGUUCUGGACAGCACACCUCUGGGGAACCGGGUCGGGACACCGGAGGAGAUUGCUGCCGUCGUGACUUUCUUGGCUGAUCCAAAGGCGUGUUGGUUGACGGGUCAGACUAUAUGUCCAAGCGGCGGACUGAAUAUGGUCUGA